AUGGCCGACGACGACGACCACCGCCCACUGAAGCGCAUCCGACAAGCCUGCGAUCCGUGUCGACGGAAAAAAUCUCGAUGUCCUGGGGAGAAGCCGGCUUGUUCGUAUUGUGAACGGUUGGGUCAGCAGUGUGUGUAUUCUCAAGGGGAUGGGGAGGCUCCGACUGGUGAUAUUGCGAAACGGUUGUUGAGCGUGGAAGAGAAGUUGGAGGAGUUGACGAGAAGUUUGAGACCCCAACCAAAUCGUGAAGAGACACAACAGCCUGCUGUAGAGUCUAAUCUACGACAGGAUGACCUCUCAACCGUUGCGCAACUCUUUCUUACCUGCUGCAACUAUCAGCCUCUGCCUCUUUUUCAUCCGGAGGGAUUUCUGCAGUCGCUGGGUGGCCGUGAUCCAGAGCUUAUUUUGGCCGUCCACGCGGUUGGGCUGCGGUUUGGGCGGAGUCCGGAUGGAAGUGACCUGCGUCCGUAUAUUGAGGAGUGCGCUAGGAAAUCGCGAGCCCUAGUGAUGGCACGUGUAGGGAGAGGCGUUGUGGAGCUGUCGACGUUGCAGACGCUGUGUCUUUUGGCUAUGUUUGAUUUCACAGCGGGCGAUCCUGUGCAGGCAGGUUUGCAUCUUAACAUGGCUUCGUACUUGGCGCAGAGUGUAAGUGCGACUGGUGAAGCUUUGGGUGCUUUACGUGCAGCAGACGCAGAUGAAAAACGCCGAUGUCUCUGGAGUAUCUAUCUCUUGCAAAGUCUUCAAGGAGAUGGAGUGCAAACCCCGCGACUUAUUGUUGGGGUGCGAACUCCAUUCAAUUCUGGCUCGGGGUUCUCCUCGACAUACGACCUGACCUCUAUUCCAGACUGUGCGGUACCCAACUUCAAGGAGGAGUACGACCUUGUCUCUUACACCAUCCAACUGGGAGAAGUCUGGUCAUUGGCCAUGGGCUACGCCGCCAGUCGCGUCGAGCCAGACGCACCGCCUCCGUGGUCCCCGCGAUCUGACUAUUCGAUCGUCACCUAUCGACACAUGGAGUUCGAUAGCAGGGUGCCCUUGAAGUAUAGAUAUGAUGCUAACCGGUUCCAUGAGCAUCGCCUCCACGAACUCAAUCGUCGACGAGAGUUCUGGGGCCCUUGGCUGUUCACGCAGUUUCUUUACCUGGCUAUUCCGUGUCUUCUGAACCAUCCAUUCCUGUUAUCGCGGCGGCUUCGCAGCUUCCGACACACCAUGCCGCAGUCUUUUAUUCGACAAUCGUUUGAGGCUAUCACUAACAAUGCCGCAUGGAUCUUGCAUCUGAUUGACCUGAUUGAGCACAAAGGGUUCGAGAUCUGUGACCCAACAUUGGCGCACUGCGUCCUGAUUGUUGCCACGAUCCAUCUCCAACAUAGUUUCGUCGAGGACGCGAGCUUUCGCGAGAAAGCGCGCAGAGGGUUUACCAAAUGCGUGCGAUUCCUCCACCCAUUGGCGCAGCGAUGGCCGCACAUCCAGAAUAUGAUCGACCGACUCAAUCGACUCCGAGAAAAUGUUUCCGCAGGCGACCCCCAAGCUUCGCGAUCUCGACAAGCGUGGACCACCAAUGCCCAAUUACUGUGGGAGUUACUUGUCUACGACAGUGCGAGCCGCACACCCCUCCCCACCCAUCUCUUUGGCACGACCCUUUCUGAUUCAUCGGGGCGACUGAAUGCGCGCAUGACCCCAGACCCGAAUUUCCCGCUGGUUGGCUCAGCCGGUAUUUCGGGACACAAGAGUGUCGCCAAGGAAAUCUUUACAUAUCCUCCAGAAACGAUCACGACGCCCCCGGCGGUGCAAAUGGAUGAAGCCCCAGUGGCGGCUGUGUCGAUGGCAGAUCCUUUUGGGCCGAUUGGAGGCUCUGUGCUAGAGGGCGUCACGGACCAUUUGUUUCUAGAGCCGGAGAGUUAUGGCCGCGCCAUUGAGGAUUGGUGGGAGGGGGAUGUCCUGAUCUAG